UAUAAAGUAUGGUUUCUUUCCUCCUGGUGAAAACACAUCAGCAUCCAUGUCACAAAUUCAAGUGAUGAGGAACUGACACCUGUCCUCUUAGUGAAACUCUGCGUUUGUUCCAUUUACUAUCGACAUGCUUUUUGGGCUUGAUUGGCGGAGGAGAUGACGUUCCAGUUCCGUAACGGGGGCGUUGUGAUCUCUGCGUCUUUAAUCUUGCUGUCUUUAAUCCCAUUCAAUCAGACGGCCACUAAGAUAUCUUCAGUUACGUUGUCCAGUCGCCGAUUUUGUGUAUAAAUAGCAUGAUUAUGAGAAGGUCAAACUUGGAGAGAUUUGUGGGUGUAUUUAAUGGGAGACACAUUAAUACAGCAUUCUGUUAGAAGAAGAAGUGUGGUGGCAGCUGGGAAAGAUUCGUCUCCUAAGAGAAGCUUAGUAGCUGCUAUUCCAAGAGCUGUUCACCAAACGAUCGGUAAGCAUGUUUCUUUCUCAAGAAACGGUGGAAUUGGUGGAGGUGGCACAUUGCAAAAUGCAGCUGUUUUUGUACUCAAAGUUGCUGUUUUAGAAGUUGUCCGAAGAGUUUCAAAGGCAAAGUGGCCUCAUUUGUGAACACUCUUCAGGCAUUGCAGUGCUUCUGUUAUCCUCCUCUUAUGUGGACUCGGAGAUGGGCUCCUUACAAGGACUUCAUCAAGGCAGUGCAGAUGCUGUCUCGGCCAUUAUUGGUCCUCACGAUUGUAGAGGCUCUCACAGACCAAUCAGAGUCAAAGCAAGAAGCCCCAGGUGGUACUGCCUCUAAUGCAUCUUCAGAAUCACAAUCUGAGCCGCAGACUGACUCAUUCUCUAUCAGACAUCAGAUGCAGCUUGGAACCCACAAUCGAAGGCUGCUGGUCUUGUUUGGAUCAUCGAUGAUGCUGGAUCAUCAACCUCUCACUCAGCGACCGAUACUUUUGUAGCGUUGCCCCUGAUGGCGGAAACGUUGGCACUGAGAAGUGCCAUGAACUAUACUCUACAUCGUGGGAUAAGCGCUCUCCUGAUCUUCUCUGAUUCUCAGAAUCUCAUAGCUCUGGUGAAUUCAAGGAGUCGUCAUCUGGAAAUCGCAUCUCUCCUCAACGACAUUUCUCAUCUUUCAUCUUGUUUUUCAUUUGUUCAGUUUAAACAUAUCCCAAGACGGGAUAAUGUUAAGGCGGACUCCGUUGCCAAACAGGCUCUGUAUCAGAUUUAAUUUUUAAUGCAAGUAUGGU